UUAAUAGGUAACUCUUGCCUCUAUAAUGUGAGAAUUGUUUUUGUGUAUUGAUGUGGUAUUUAUUGAUCAAAAAACUUUACAAAAUUAGGGUUAGUAACGUAUAACUUAACAAUUAAAUUUUGGUCAUCGAAUACAAUUUCAUUUGUGAUAUUAUUACUGAAAGAAAGGUGAAUAUACUUUGAAAGUGUUCUGUGACGAAAGAGGAUCAAAGGAAGAUUUACUGGACGUGUAGACAAAAUCAAUCAUGGCGUUCGCUGGACUGAAGAAACAAAUAAAUAAAGCGAAUCAGUAUGUCACAGAAAAAAUGGGCGGUGCCGAAGGCACGAAGCUUGAUUUGGACUUCAUGGAAAUGGAGAGAAAAACGGACGUAACCUGCGAGCUGGUUGAAGAACUACAAAUAAAGACAAAAGAAUUUCUACAACCGAAUCCAACGGCUAGAGCUAAGAUGGCAGCCGUUAAAGGUAUCAGCAAACUUAGUGGACAGGCGAAGAGUAACACCUACCCACAACCAGAAGGAGUCCUAGGAGAUUGCAUGCUGCUCUAUGGAAAGAAACUUGGAGAAGACUCGGUAUUCUCACAAUGUCUGAUAGAGAUGGGCGAAGCUUUGAAGCAAAUGGCUGAUGUCAAAUAUUCCUUGGAUGAUAACAUCAAGCAGAGCUUCCUGGAGCCCCUGCACCACUUGCAGACCAAGGACCUUAAAGAAGUCAUGCAUCACCGAAAGAAAUUACAGGGACGUAGAUUGGACUUCGAUUGCAAGCGACGAAGACAGGCCAAAGGGUCUCAUAUUCCAGACGAUGAGAUCAGACAGGCCGAGGAGAAGUUCGCCGAGUCAUUGACACUGGCGCAGAUUGGCAUGUUCAAUCUUCUGGAUAAUGAUGUUGAGCAAGUGGCGCAGUUGUCUUUCUUCGCCGAGGGGCUUCUGGAAUAUCAUCAGCAAUGUACGGAGAUUCUCAAAGGACUGGUGUCUACCCUAAUGGAGAAGAAAGAGGAGGCCGUGAACCGUCCCAAAAUGGAGUUCGUGCCAAAGACGCUUGCCGACCUUCACAUCGAGGGCAUCCAUGACUUGAACCAUGGUAGGCGGUUCGGCUCCACUCCGAGCCUUUCCCGCGCCCAGCCCUGUAGAUCCAACUCCUUCGACCUCCUCCCCCCCACCAACGACCCCUUAAAGGCCUGGGAGAACCUCCCCCCUCCCUACCACAACCACUUCAAACCGCACCCCGCACCAAGGAUAACUAAUGGACGGACAGCGUCUCCGCUUCCGUCGCCGGUCAAGUCUCCAGCGAGGACUCCGAUGGUUCAGGCCAAAGGGCCGUGCUGCACCGCCCUAUACGACUUCGACCCCGAAAACCAGGGCGAGCUCGGCUUCAAGGAGAAUGACGUCAUCACCCUCAUUUCGAAGGUCGACGAAAACUGGUUCGAGGGUUCCGUGAACGGGAAGACCGGCUACUUCCCCAUCAGCUACGUUCAAGUCAACGUUCCGCUCCCCAACAUGUAAAUGCAUGUGAAACAUUUACGUGCACAUGCAAACUAAUUUUACGCUCUGACGUUUAACAAAUAACAAAUACCGCCACUGACAGCUGUCAUCAUUACAUGUAUUGAUAUAUUAAACGCGUUCGGAUUAGAAUUUAGAUCUUAAAAUAUUGUUCAACGUCAGAGCUGACAAAUACGACGCGGCCACAUUGAGAAGACAUUGCUACAUCAAAUAGAGACUUUCGAAAAGUACAGUGAAUGGCCUAAGAGGUAAUUUUUAAGUGUCCGUUGCAGCUUUUAGCAACGUUACGAUAAUAUGCCAAAGAUUACAUACUCACAUAGCUAUUUUUGCAUUAAAUGCUUCAGUAAUUCCGAUACAUAAGUAUGCAAUAUCUCAAUAUAUGUGGUCGUACCUGUCUAGCAUAAUUGAAACCAAAUAUUGUUACGUAUGUCGCAGUAUUAAAGACGACUUAUUUAAUUCGAAUCUAUUACGGUGUCAAAAGCUCAAUGUUGUAGUUAACAUUUACCCUAUACGAUUUAAUCAUACAUUAAAAUACAUUUCUCGAUUCAUUUUGACCGGGUCUUCCAUUUUUUUUUAUUAACCUGACUAUAAUUAUUGUAAUAGAGGAAGUUCCGCAAAUAGAUUUUUGUAGACGUAUAAAUUUCAGUCAGUUAGCUUAAGAUAUUCUCCUUUUUAAGCUCAUUGAAUUCACUGAGACGGAUUAAGACUUUUGUCAUAUAACGUUCCGAACUAUUCCAUUAAUGUAAAAUUUAAUUAUUACGUUUUAAUUUUUUUAGUAAUUAAUUAUUUUUUUUUUAUUUAUAUUUAAGGACCGGCAAAAGAAUGAUGUGGAAAUGACUGUAUACAAUAAUAGAAAAAAUAUAUAUAUGAAAAUGAAUAGUCCUCAUUGAUCUUAUAAAGGUGUUUUGUUCGUGUUUAAAUUAUAAUUAACUAAACUAUGAUAUAUUCAAACAGAAACAAUUAUGAUAAAAUUAUGAGAUUAGAUUUUAUAUCUGGUGGGUAUUAUCUGAAUUGAGAGUAUCGGUGUAAUGUAAAGGAUGUAAGUUGUUGAGUCUUGCCAGGUGUUUGUGGCAUUUUGAUGUUUGAUGUAUUAUUGGCAAUUGUAAUAAUUAUUAUAGCAGUGUAUUAUAAUAUCGUUGUGAUAGACUUGGCUUUGUGCCGCCGGUGCAGCAUCCUAAAUGGAUAUUUCUCUAUAAUUUCUAUCCAGUUAUUAGAAUUUAUUGAUUUAUUUUAUUUAUUAGAAUAACUUUAAUGAAAUAAAUAUAUCAAAACUAGAAUAUUUUCUGUGUGGUAUCUGAUUAAUGGUCACGUUGAAUGUAUUUUCAUAAUAAAUGCAUGCACUUAUCGACUAUGAUAUUAAAUUUUCACUGUCCAUGUGAUCAUGUAUUGGUGUUACAGUAAUAUUUGGCGUAUUUUUCUUAUUGCCAUUAGUAUGCUACUUCACCCGAAUAACUUCUCACAUACAAAAGACAAUACCUAGAUCUAAUGUUAGAUGUACGUAAGUUCAUAAUUAAAUAAUUGUUCUAUCUUCAAGUGUCUCUUAAAUGUAAGUGUUUUGAGCAAUUAAUAAAUUCUUUGAUGUUAUGAAGGUAUCAUGUUUUGAUGUGUAACGUCCGACGCUUGACAGACUACUAACUUGGUCUCAACAAGAGUCACAAUAUUAUUAACCCACUUAUAAUACUUAAAACAUCAUUGUUCGAAAUGCUUAUCUAUAUUAUCAUUUAUUUGCUAAUUUUAUUUGGCACUGAAUGAUGAAACUAUCCUUAUUAUGAUAAUAAUCUUUGUUCAAUUCAAUGAAAUAUAUAAAAAUAUAAACCGAACAUUGCUUUAGAAUCAAGUUAGGACUCGCAGGCCAAUACCGUUUUAAUUUAAUCUAAAUAAAUAGAGAAUUUUUGAUAUGGAAAUACACUUAAUAUUAAAUAGUUUUAUUCAAGUUAAACUAUUGGCGCGAGUCACUUUUGGUGUGAUGUAAGUAAUUACUGGGUAAAUGUAUUCUUGUUCAUGUUACUGUGUUUGUUAGAUACAAAAAUAUAUUAAGACUUAAAAGAUGUGACAUUCAUUUGUAUAACAAUUUAUCCUGAAAUUCUGCUCGUUUCGCCUCCUAAUAAAAUGUUACAAUUA